AUGGUUGAAGAAGCAUGCAAAUCAUGCAUUGUGUGCCAAGCUGCAUCACCAGGAUGUACUCCAGAUCCGAUAAAACCAACACCUCUGCCACGAGAUGUGUUUUCUGAAGUGAGUUGUGACUUUUGCGGACCAUUCCCGGACGGGUACCUGUUAUUAGUGGUAAUAUGCGAUUAUAGUCGUUUUCCAAUAGUUGAGAGAGUCAGGUCAACAUCCGCAGAAACUGUCAUACCGCGUUUGGAAUCAAUAUUUUCGAUAUUUGGAUAUCCAGACGUAUUGAGAACGGACAAUGAACCUCCAUUUCAGAGUCGUACUUUCAGAGAAUAUGCUGAUAAGUCGGGAUUUAAACAUAAACGAAUUACUCCAUUGCACCCACAAGGAAAUGCAAUAGUCGAGCGAUUCAUGGCACCAUUGCAAAAAUCAGUUAAAACCGCAAUAGCAUCAGGUCAAGAUUAUAAGAGAGCGUUGAAUAGAUAUCUAAUGAAUUUUCGCAAUUCGCCACAAUCUUCAACACAAAAAGCUCCUAGUGAAUUAAUGUACAAUCGGAAAGUAAAAACGAAAUUGCCAUCAAUGACAUUUGAAAAGCAAGACACAGAUGUUCGCGACAGGGACAGUCUGUCAAAAUCGAAAAACAAACUUUAUGCGGACAAAAACAGAAGAGCACAGCCAAGUGCAUUGAAAAUUGGAGACCGUGUGUUACUAAAACGAGAACAACGUAACAAAUUUGAGACAAUGUUUGACCCUACACCUGGCAUUGUCAUUGCUAGGAAAGGUUCAAUGCUAACAAUCAAGCACAGAGGAAAGGAAAUUACACGAGACGUGUCAAAGUUCAGGGUAGUUCAAGGUGGUCAUGAGCCGGCGCAGACGAAACCUGCAGAUACUGUAUUUGCACCACGUCAAAGGUCGCAAAGAAAACGACGACCGCCUAGACGUUUUGUCAAUGAAUGA